AUACAUGAGAAAUACGUUUAGUAUGAUUUAUAUUAUUGUUAACGGCCAUACCGUGCUGAAAGCACAAGUUCUCGUCGAGUCUCGUGGCGGCGCUCAAAUCGUAAAGACGUGCUUAGUUCGUGUAGUAAAUAAACAGUAUUAAGUAAUAGUAGUUUUCAGUUUUUUACUGUUAUCUUGUAUAUAUUGAUAAUAAUGGAAGCAAUUUAUCUUUUAUAAUGUUAGAUGAAGACGAUUCCAAUAUAAAAUGUAACGUUAGUUUAUAUAAAGAUAGACCUAACCUUAAAAGUUCGCAGAAGAGAAAGCAUAGGGAAUUCACUCAUGAAAGUGAUGUAACAAACGGUGGUAGACAAAAACCGGCAAAAAUGGCUCUGUCUGAGAGUCUUGAAAAGCAAUACCAACGAGUAAUUAGAGAAUUAGGAAACAAUAAAUCUCAGUGCCUUACUCAACCUAACCUUGUACAAAGAACAACAAUACGUCCAACUGCACUUAAUACACACAAAAGUGAUUCUAACAUAAAUAUUCACAAUGAUGUGGAAACAGUGAUGGAUGAUGACGAUCAUCUACGAUCAGAURAGGUGGGUUGCGAUUCAAAAYUAUGGGAAAUUCCGAAAAAAUCUUUAUCUCCAGAGAAGCAAAACAAAAUAGCUCUUACGCCUUUAAAUACAGUCUCAAACAAUGAUUACAAAUCUAGUGAGCAAAACGAAAACAAAAAAAGGGGCAACAAGCCACCGCCUAUUCAUACUAUAGACAUUGAUGCUAAAAAGCUUAACAUGAUUCUUAAGAAUCAUGCGGAAAUGAGAUAUGAUGUUGACAAUGUUUAUAAUCCUCAAGAACUUAGACGACAGCAACUUUUAGAAAUUCAAAAAAAUGAAUUAAAAAUAAAAACUAUAUGA